UUCGACCAAUCAACGCAAAAAUAUUCUUGGUGACGCGCUUCCUUUCUCAUUGACUCUGCGCUGUAAUGGAAGAAAUGUCUGCUAUAGAUUUUGGAGACGCGCAGCUCUUUGAGCAACUAGAUGACUUCAUCCCAGCGCCCGUACACAUUCGCUUUCCGGACAGGGAAGGCGCCGACACAGCGGAGGACGAUGAAGAAACUGGGAGGCUCCGGAGCCGUCUGGUGGAGUGCGACGACUCCAUUGAGAAGCUAACGGAGGAGAAUAAAGCUUUGAAGAGAAAGUUGAACUUCCUAACACGUCCCAGAGGACUCACGAUAGAAGAUGUCAACAUCGACGGCCCCAUCGCUCAAAUAAUUUACUCCAACAAUAUCAUAUCAAAGCAAUGUCGUCAAGAAAUAGAGGAUUCCAUCUGCGAUGUCAUAUUGAGAUACCAGACAGAGGGAAACCACAACAGACCCUCGGAAUCAUCACAUGUGAAGCCUCAGCCUUCCUCAUUUGCCAAGAAUGAGGACCCACUCAAGAUUAACUCCGCUCGCGUGAGAACCACAACAGAAGCAUUUCAAGUGGUGGGCAGCGUGUUGUAUUUCAGCAGCUUCAGUGUGGACAAACUGGGUCAACCUCUGCUCAAUAACAACCCUCAGCACACUGAUGGAUGGGAAGUGCCAACCUACCAGCAGAUCUUCUGCCAGGUUAUCGGCAUGGAUGGGCAGGACAUAGAAGUGAAAGACAAAAGACCCAAAGCUUCUUGUUUUAACUGCGGUUCAAGCGCUCAUCAAAUGAGAGACUGCCCCAAGCCUAAAGACAUGGCAGCCAUCACCAAGAGAAGAAAGGAGUUUAACCAGAACCAGAACCUGUCCGGGCUCAGUAACCAGCGCUACCAUGCUGACGAAGUGGAGGAGCGUUUCUCCAAAUACAAGCCUGGAAUCUUGAGUGAGGAGCUUUUAUCAGCAUUGGGAUUGGAUUCCAACACCCUGCCGCCUCUCAUAUAUCGUAUGAGGCAGCUGGGAUACCCGCCUGGUUGGCUCAAAGAAGCUGAAAUGGAGAACUCUGGUUUAAUGCUCUAUGAUGGAAAUGUGUCAAAUGAGAGCAGUAUGACCAGCAUCCAAAAUGUCUCGUAUGAUGUUUCCAAACUGGUGGAUUUCCCAGGAUUCAACGUGCCAGCACCGGAUAAAGUUAAAGAUGAGUACAUGCGCUACAGUUCUGUUCCCAUGCAGAGCAAUCACAUGAAGCACAACUACGCCGCCUACCUGUCCAGUCACUUUACUUCGCCUGAUGGCUCGUGCAACAAGAGGCGUCAUGACUCUGACUCAUCUCAACACCUCAGGAAGAGGCCCAAAUCCAGCCAUGAUAGCAACUCUGACAUGGAUGUUGAAUCAGAUCCUGGGACUCCUUACCUGACCCCCCGCCGGAGGGACUUCAAUUUUGAAACGCCAAUGCCCCCGGGGUCCCCGUGCUUCAGCUCGCCCCCACCUUUGCCACAUGGCACCCCACCCGCAACCCCCACACCGCCACCUCUCCCGAAAGGCACCCCGCCAAGCACGCCCAGAAACUUCUCCCCGGCAACACGAGGGGCUUACUCGCCGGUCGUGGAUGAGGCCGUAGAGGGGAGAGAGGAUGAGCUCACCCUGGAGGAGCUGGAAGAGCAACAGAGGCUAAUCUGGGCAGCACUGCAGAAUGCUGACACUCCCACCAACAGUGACCCGGCGACACCCAUGGCGGGAACCCCUGCUGGGCUCUCUCCCAGCGUGUCUACACCUGCACGGGGCGACUCAGAAAUGGAAUUUGUUGAAAGAGUGGGUGGAAGUCUGGAUGAGAAUCAAAUGUUGCCUGAACUCAUUUGCCCUCAAAAUGGUGGCAUCCAAAACCUUGCUGCGCCCCAACAGAGCAGCACCCCUGCUGUUAUCACAAAAGAGGAGAUGCCUCCAGACAAAUUUGAGGACAUCGGCCCGCAAAGUCCUGCUGCUCUUAUAUCCAAAGCGGACUGUUUCCAAAGCCCAAAUCCUGAAAAAGACAGUCUCCAAAGUCCAGGUCCCAUCAAAUCUGUGGAUGAAAGUCCUCAAAGUCCUGCUCCACUUAAAUUACGAGAGGAUAGCCCAAAAUGUCCAAGUCCCAGCAAAUCCCAAGAAGAGAGCCCCAAUCCAGAUUGCCAGGAUGCAAACGGGCUCUCCCCUAGGGCCAUGGCCCCCAAAGCGUCGGCCCUUCCCCACCGCAGCCGCUUUGCCGAGGGCAUUGUGCCCUUUGAGGACACACCCGAGUACACAGAGGUGGCCGAAGCCACGGGGACAUACCUCCGUAUCAGAGACUUGCUCAAAAGUUCACCUCGCAAUUUAGCCAGAAAAAAAGACUGAAUUGGGGAAAAAAAACAUUCUUGUCCUAUGUUUUUAACUCAUGAUUUUUAUGUACAGCGUCUACAAAGCACAAAGGGACAUAAUGCAAAAGAUUUUUCCUUUUUUUCCCCAUUUUAUCGUUUAGCUGUAUUUGUUAAACUGUUAAUUUGUAAUGUUUUGUUUUUUGGGCAGAACAGUCUUGAAGUAAACAUCUGAUUUGCCUCUA